UCGUGUGUGACGUCAAAAACUUCAUUUGUGCUGCAGUAAUGUCAGCACAUGAAUGAGUCGUUUGGAGCACUGCGUUCUCAGUUAUAAUAUGGAUAAUCUGUGUUUUGUGUGUAUGGAUACAUUGUAGUUUUAUGCAUGUGUCACAUUCUUGUCGGAAUAUAUCUUGAAGUCGAUAGACAUGGACGAAGAACACCUCGCAGUUCUACUCAUCACGGCCAAUGUCGGAUCCAUCUUCGAAGAACCUGAACAGAUGUUCAAGCCAUGGCUGAAGGAGUUCCUAGGAUGUAUCGAGCGCCUCGAGCCAUGUUUUGUGGCUCUCCACUGCCAGGAAGUUGGGGGCAAGAACUACGAGACGUCAAUGCAGCAUGUCAACCAGUUUGUCAAAACAAUCUUGGCCUCGGAGGAGCUAGUGAAAUAUGACAGAGCGAGGGUAUUUCUGGACGAAGACUAUACUGCUGCAGACAAAUUCACGGCCUUGGGGAACCUAUACUUCGUCCAUGACACCGUCGAAGAAGUCAACAUCUUCGACUUUGUAGAAAAUAAAUUUGUUCCGGUGGAAGGACGUGAGGUUUUAUCUGGAAACAUAGAAAACAUUCAAAUAAAAGAAAAGGCAAAAUUCCCUCAACAUUUCUUCCCAGAGGUAAGUGAAAAGGGCUACUUUCAAAGAUGCGGUACCAGGGCGGGUUGGCUCAAGAUCCAGCAGAUCAUUCCACCAGCUCUACAAUACCGCUACCGCCGACAAUGGCCUAAAGAAGCUUUACUAGGUCUUCUAGCAUCAGCCAAGACCCGACGGUAUAGGCAGAUUACAAGCCCUUCAAUAUACAACGGAAACAGGCAACAGGCACUGAUGCACACAUUGAAAAGGUUUGAAGGGGACCAGUAUGAAAAGGUUCCGAUGUUGAUAUUUGGAGACUUCAACUUCAGACUCGACACAAACGUUCUAAUAAAGGCCCUCACAGCCAAAACAACGUCGGAACAGACACUAGGAAAGAAGGACCAGAUCAGUAAGAUCGUUUACACCGAGGAGGGCAAUGAGAAGGUUGUGCUGACAGUAGAGGCCAAGGGAUUUGACUAUCAUGACAAACAUGAAGAUCUGUUCUUCAACACAAUCAAGUGGUUGAAGCAGUAUGACACUGAGAUGACUCCAUUCAAAGACAGGUUGUCUGAAUAUGAGAUCAACUUCCCUCCAAGCUACCCUUUCAGUGAGGAUGUAAAUGAUGGGACGUCAUACAUGAAGACGCGCUGCCCCUCCUGGUGUGACCGGAUACUCAUUUCUCAGCGCCAAAGACAUCAUCUUCCAGGUGAACUACAGCACCAAAAUAUGUCUUUUCCUGGAUUCUUGAACAGAAUGGUGGAUGAGAAGUUUCACCGGCCCCAGUACAGCUUAAUAGGGAAGGAAGUUUGUAUGGGUGAUCACAAGCCAGUGUACCUGUCCUUGCAUCUGAAACCAGGAAAAGGUAAUCUCAAUGAGUCCCGCUCAUCCUCCACUAAAUCUCCACGCAAAAAGGUGCUAUCGAUAAAUGGGGAACAUUUUGAGAGUGAUGACAUUACUGACAUCAAUAUACAUGACUAUGCUGUAUUUGAGAAAGAAAAUGAUCUCGUUCCUGAAUUCCGGACCAGUAUUCGAACCCGGACAGAAUCUGGGACAUUAAUUCCUGAUUCCUUAGAACCCGUACCAACUAAGGUACGCAGGAAGUCUUUUCAGGAAAUAGCUAUGCAAGUUCGGACUUGCCAAAAAAUAUUACGGCAGUGGCCGAGGAUUCGCGUGCGUCAUCAUAGUUCAUCCUCAGAGGAUUUCACUGAUGACCAUGAGGAGAACAAUAACGCUGAUGAAGACAAAAGCCCUGACAACGACAUCAAAUCUAUUACAACUGACAUAUCUCAUGUGUCCCUAGAAGUUGAUGACUCAGUCAACAUGACACCCAUCUCCACCCCGACAGCUUCGCCCAGUAGUGACAAUGCUAACAAACACCUGUUGCAUGGUCCUGUGAGUGUUAAUGAGCAUGCUCGGCCCAGCUUCCCUCCCAGCCAAUCAACUGGUAGCCCAACUUCGCCAGCAAAUGAGCGCUCAAACCUUGUUGUCAAAUCGAAGUCGGACUCCUGCUGUCCUGCCUGUGUGUUGUUGUGAUCUGAUUGUUGUUGGUGCCUCUUCUGUUGUUAUCGUGAGUUACUCACUCCUAUACUUAUUCCUUACGAACAACUUUCACAAUGCUACAUACUGUCCAUCUUCAUGUAAUAUUAGGAAAUCUCCAUCAGCCAAGUAGGUGUGUAUGAAUGUCAUACCGAAGUCUGGGUUUAAUUCCAUCUAGGAACAAUUUUAAAUUCUUGGAUUCCCUUGCUUUGAUACUCUGAAUAGUUUUAAAGGAAACUAUCUCGUCAGCUUGGAAAAAUUUCCAUUCUCAGUUCUGAUUAUCAAAAUACAGAAACUGGACAUUAUUUUUAGAUUGAGUAAUUAUUAACAGCUGGAUGAAUACUAUUCUAAAGAAAUUAAGAAUGCCUCAUUUUUUUAUGUUACUGUUGUUAAUCAGUCAUGCUAAAACAAAGGGGUGCUGUCCUUAACUUCUGUUGAGUAGUAUGGAUACCCUCCACAUACCUGAGCAUGUUUUGUAUGGACAGUGUGUAGCAGUGUGGCCAAUCACCAGGAAGAUACAUGACGAAUGUAUACUGUUCAAGAUAUGAUAGGGAUACUGCCAGUUCAUUAUGUAGUGUUACACUGUGUUAUACGGUUUGAUGUAUCAGUGAAUAAGAAUGUCCCUAUUUAUAGUUGAGAGGUAUAUCUCCUAUUUUACCUGAACCUGCUGAUGUGUUGGUUGACCAAACAACUUUGAGAUAAAGCUUCCAGUAUGAAGCAAAGUCGAAUUUUCAAAAUAGCUAUACAAGUCCAUGUAUCUUCCUUAAGGUACAAGAACUGUGGAAAUCUCUGCUAAAUCGCCUGAGUUUUUAGACACUUGAUAUUUGUACAGUUCUUGGCCAGACAAUAUUCUGCCUGACUUUGAUUUACGAUUCAAAUCUUAUAUUUGCUCAACUUUCUGUGUAUGUUUAUUUCCUGCUGUUGUACUGCUUUUAUAUAUUUAUACAAGUAUGUAUGUUUGUAUUGAUCAUUUUUUCUUAUGUUACUUUUUAUUUUAUAGCUUACUACUAUAUAUAUAUAUGUAUAUAUAUCGUAGCAUGUUGAAUUCCAGUUGACAUAUGUAACUAUACAUAUGGUUGAAGUGGUUAUUCACAGAGCAUGUCUGAUGUCUUGGCUGUCAGAAGGUGUGGUGGUACAGCAGGCAUUGUGGUCACUUCUUACGUCCUGGGUUCUAUUCCCCACAUACAUAGUGUAAGGUUACCUCGGUCUCAUUUGGAAUACAACAUACUAGCAUCUGGAACAAACAUGAAAUUAUAGCCUUGAUACAGACUAAGUGGCAUCCUAGAAGCUUUAGUCUCAGUUAAGAUAGAAUUUAAUAAUGGAUUUCAACUGUAUUCGUUCAUUGUAAUAUUUCAGUACAGAUGCCAUCCCUUUAUCAAUAAGAAAUCUGUAGUUUUAAAACAGUUUUAAUUUGGACUCAAAUUGAAAGGAUUAAGAUUAUGUAUCAAUAACUGUUGUGAUUCUGAAGUAGAUUCUGUAUUUUUUCGCUAACCUUUUGCAUGAGGUAAACAAUAUGGUACAAUGUCCAGACUUCCAUAGGGACUGUGUGCCAUGUUUACUGAUUUGUGUUGUGAUUUUUCAUUUUGUCUCCCUCCCAUUAUGCCCAGGUUGACGGUCGACACCUGACUGGACAUGACGUUUGACACUCCGUCCCAAAUUCAUGUAGAUUGAAAAUCUUGACUUAAGCAUUUAAUCAUUGCACAAGAGACCUUUGUUGUAAUUCCUACAUGGAAGCAGUGGCACAUAUUGCUCAAUGUUGUAGAAGGCAUUUUGCUGUGCAGAGUUGCAUCCCUUGAGCUUGCCAGAAACCCUGGAUCCUGAAUUCCAAUCCGAGUGCUCUACUUAGAUUUGUUUAAAAGUUUCUCAGCAUCAUUCCCAUGCUCAUUGUUGUUUUCCACCAAACUUGUAAAUGUCCUCCAUCACAGUAGCCUUUCCUGCCACGUCAGUCUGACACGCCAUGACAUAUUAACUGGAAUACUGUUUGAAACAGCGCCAACUCACUUACUCAUUCUUACUUGGAUGCAAAGCAUGAAGUCUAGUUUUUCACCCUUAUGCUGGAAUAUUGACAAAAGUGGUGUGGGGUUUCACUAACUUUUCCAAUUUUGAUGUGGGAAAGUUCCUGCUAGGUUUCUCUGUCCAUGAAUCUUGAAUCUGGUUCCAUGGUAUGUAUUAUCUCCCUUGAACUGGCAGUUGCACACGAUUCUGCUUAUUGAUUCUUUUGGUACUAAUGAAUGGGAUGAGCGUAAUCUGCUCUUAGUUUGGCUGGGUUCUUUGGCAUGAAGCUUUGCAAUUCUUUUGAAAAUUUCACAUAAUUGCUGGUGAAGUGACAGUGUAAUGUGAUUGUCGUGGCCGGCACUGAAAGUGAGAUUCGGCAGGCACACCAGCUACAGGUGAGACUUCACUAUAUUCUCUAUGUAUUAUGGGUAGCCAAGUGGUCAGGGGCAUUGCUGUUUGCCAUGCAGAGUUGUGUCCCUUAUAUCUGCAAGGAUCUUCUUGUGUACCCUAGUGAUGAUCCUUAUUCUAUCAGCACCAUAUCCACUGUCUAAAGUUUACUCAAAAAGCAAAUAUAUUUGACCUAUGUCAUUUUGAACUUUUUUCAAAAUUUUGUUGGUUGUCAGGUUUGUGGUAGACCUAGCACACCCACAAAUUCCAUCUAAAUCCAGCUCAUAUAUAUCUAACAGGACAACCACGUUUCUUACAACAUAGUAUAUUUCAGGGCAACCAGUAUGUUCAGCAAACAAACUAUUUCCUAUUGUAUUUCCUGAAACCAGUUCUAUUUGUAUUAUGCAGUUAUAUUUUUGUAUAAUCCAGAAUCCAAUUUUUUGUAUGACUUGUGGUUAACUGAGCUGGUUUGCCUAAGAGACCGAACAUUUGGUGUGCAUGAUUAUGUUUUCGAGAAUCAUUCAAGAAAAUAACAUUGUGUUUCGAUCAAAUCACAUCCUUCUUUUCCAUCCCCUCUCCUCCUCUACAUCCCAAGAAUAUCAAAUUGCCGAUUCUGUAUGCUAGCCCUUGUUUCAACAAACUUUACUGGUUGACACUCUUUCUGGGAGCGCAAACCUCUACUCCCUACUGGCAGUUUACAUGAAGGGGUAUGAGACCCGUCUUACUACUUGUAGUUGUCUGAUGGUCAGCAGCCCUAACCUGAUGGCUGAUCUCCAUCAUGCAGAUGGCAUCUUGCUGACUUCAACAUGUGAUGCACUCACUCUAACUCUAGUACAGCAGAAAAAAUGGCUGAAUAAUGCUUAGAAUCAAUUCCACAUGUUUUGGGCAAUGAUUUCAUGCAUGCAAAAAUUAAAGUGAAUAUAUUUUCUGGAAUGUAAGUUUGUGAUUUUCAUUGAGACCAAUGUUAUCCCAAGAUAAUGUAUGUUUCAGUGCCGACACCGAAGGCGGAGUUGGUGCAGCUCCCCGGGGCGGGGGACAUCAUCAUUCCCAGCACGCAGGUGAAGAUCUCAGAGGUGGACACAACACGCUACAUCCACAUCAGGCAGGGGGACAGCUCAACUCGCGUGUUCAGGGAAACAUCUGUAUGACGGCAAUGUCUCUUGGUGUCACACAAUUGUUGGAAGAUCUUUGGAAUAAUGUCUGUAUGACAGUAUGUCGAUCUCUUGGUGUUAUACAACUGCCAGUCAACUUACAGAUGUCAGGUUUGAUGUCUGUAUUUACCAUUCAAGUCAAUCAACUUGGCAGAUCUCUAGAUGGAUGUAUUCAUGACUGUCCUCAACAUCAACAGCAUUGUCGUGAUGAAGUUGAUAUGGAGUUCUGUCAGCUGCAGUAGAGAUGACCUUCUCACAUUGACAGUAGAGAAAGGCCUUGGUUUGACUUACUCAUUAGAGGCCAGCCAAGCUGGACUGUCCAAAAUGGAGCACCUUCAGUGAGUUGACAUAACAGUUUUGGUGUUGGACCAUGCAGUGACAUUGAGUUGAACAAGGUCAUUGGCUGAUCCAGAAGGGACACCUGUAGUAGGGUCAGCAUGGACCUGUAUGACAUUGUAGAGUGGGUCAGCCAACAGAAGACGUGCAGGACAUCCUGGGAUGUCACAGUUGAUAUGUCAUCUGCUAUUGGGCUGUUGAAGAUUGUGUGGACAUUGUAUAUGUUAGUGUUGUUGGAGCUGUUGGUGUUGGAGCCUUUCGGGGCAAAUACUAUGGCGUCCAGAUCAUGCAGAUUGUGAGAUUGACUCCAGGUCAUGUAAGAAAAAUUCAGAAUAGAACAACCAAUGUGGUGAGUCCACUGAUGGGCAUGUGGUCAGCUGGACAACUGACCUGCAGAAGGUUACUGUAACUGUAAGGAUGGAACAGUUCUACCCACAUCUCAUAAAACCGUUGAAAACCCUUCAAGUACACACAGUGUGAUUGCAAGUUGGCAGCUGAAGGCCAUCUGUUGACAGACUUGGACGUGACCUUGAAGGCAGUUUAAGGUCAACCCUGGUUGUUUUUCUACCAUACAUAGUGCCAUAUAGGAACUUUUGUUAAUUGUGCAAUCAUGUCACUGGAAAAUUUUAUGAGUAUUGUACAGAAUGUGGUCUUGUGUAUUUGUAGUCCUGAAGGUAAUGAGAAUUAUUGAUCAUGUGUAUAGUAAUGGUCAAACGUAGUUGUCUGUAAGAGCACCUGCUGUGUUUGUUAGAAGGGUCUAGCAUGGUGUGACCAGUCAGCGAUCUGUACAAACGGUAGAGACAUUAUUUCUAUAUUAACCUUCAACCGUAGGCAACAUAUUUGAUCAGUCAGGACAAGUCAAGCAACUCCACAGGGGCACAGGGGAUGUCUGGUCAGGCAAUGUUCAUUGUCAGUUACUACAAUCAAAACCCAACUCACGCCUGAAGACUCCCACUACAGCUUGAACAGGUUCUUGUGAGAAGAACCAUGAGUAAUUGUUGUUGAUGGAAAUGUUUACGUAGUCCACCUUAUAGCAGGGGAUUUAUACUUCCCAUUGUGUUUUAUAAGAAAAGGUCAUUAUUAUCAGGUAGCAGGGACAUGGGAAUACUUUUACAUAAAGUUUGGGAUGGAAUAGCUGGGGACAUGAAAGAAUGUUACACAAAGUGCAGAGCAGCAGAAUAUGAUACAGUCUAAAGCCCAAUGUUUCUCUUAAAAAGACUGUCCCUAAACAGGUGCAAAUUCGCCCAUCUCUCUUAUGCAUAAACAAAAUGUUAUUAAAAUAUUAUGACUUUGAUAUUACACUUUCAUGGCACUCACUCCCAGAGAUACAAGCCGCCCAGGGCACAGGUGGCGUUCAUCUAAAGUGGUGUAAUUCUCUGCCAGAGUUGCAGCCUCUGUACAAGCCAGAAACCUGUGCCAAUGGUACCAGCAUCGCUGUCUUUCCACAUUAAGUUGAUGCACUAUGAUAUAAGUGGAAUGCAUCAAAGUGGGUUUAACCAAACUCAUUCACUCACACAAUUAUUCUCUUUCAUCUGUGAGAACCACAACCAUGUUUGUAAGCUUAUUAAAAGUGGUAAACAUUGUUGACCUGUGUCAGAUUAACUCCAGAUUUGUUUCUUUGAAUAUGGCAUGCAUGGGUUCACAAUGUUGUUUUAACUUGAUCAAUAUAGCACAAUUGUGUAGAAGCUACUAACCAGUUAUCUUGGGUUUAAAGGUUCGAGGUUUGACUCUACCUGAUUCCUUGGUGUAAUAGUGCCAUGGAUGUGAUGUACAGAAACACGAUCUCUAGCAUGUACAGAGAUUAUAUCUCAUGCUGAUGCUGCAUUCUGUUGCCAUAGUUACCCUUUUAAUUAGAAAUUCCCACUUUGUUUUUAUAAGAUAUUUUCUUAAAAUGACAGAAUUGCAUUAAUUGCAUCUUCUAAUAAGCUCACAUAUUCAGUGUCAGAAAAACAAGUCCUUUUCAAAUCCUUGUCCUCAUAUGUUAAGGCUCUGGAAUUUGCUGUACAGAGUUACUUCCCCUUAGAUUACCAGGAAACAGAGGUUGUGUGAUCCAGUCCCUGUUUGGCCCUAUUAUGUUGCAAUGUUUUUAUCAGCACCAAACCCAUGCUCUUCGGUUUCAACAAUGUUGUAAAUGUCUGAUCCUACAUCUCUUCUGGUAUUCACUCUGACAUGCCAUGAUUUAACUUGAAUACUGUUUAUAUCAGUGUUAUGUGUUGCGUACUCAUUCACCCAAACUCAUAGAAACUUUGUAGGUUGUAUAAGCCGAUCUAUCUCUUGAUUUGAUUUAAAUCUAGACCAACUUAUAUUUUGGAUUAUGGAUGAUAAGUCCCUAAAUGUUACUCAAAUUCUUUGUUUGAUUGAAAGCUGCCUCAAGGAAAUUAACUUUAAAUAAUUAAUUCUUGUGUCAGUUUAGCUACACUUGUUGUAUUAAUCCUGCCUAUCUGUAAACAUGUUUGUACUAGCCUUGCUAAUAGUUAGUACUAUGGCUUGUAGCUGUCAUUAUCAUGUUCUUUAAAUUACAGUUGAUUAUUGUACAGUGUUAGAGAGGCCAUGUGUAACUCUCCACGACCUACACCAGCCUGUAAUACUCCUUGUGUAAAAACUUAUCUUAUACUCUAUUGUUUGUAUAAACCAGCUCAGGUCAUAUAUAUAAGUAUGUACAUAUAUCUAUAUAUAUAUAUAUAUUAGUUGUUUAACCAGCUGUGUUGUUCAUGUUGUUGUUGUUGUUGUUUGUAUAUAUGCUGUUAAAGAUCGUUGUGUAUUGCUGCCUGAUUCAGACUGUUGUCCAAAACAUGGAUGUAGUUGUGGAGGUACCAGAUAAUUAAUGGCAAACCUUUUUAUGGAAUUUUAGAGGGUUGAUGAAACAACAGGCAUUUAACCUAAGGUAAUAUAUUGAAUGAUCAGUAUUUCAGUUGUUUACAGUAGUUGCGAGAAAUAGUUUUAUUAUAAGCAUUAAUAAAUUUGUAUUUUCAUUUUUUUUCUAAUACAUACACCACUGAUAUACUGAUGGGGAAAAAUAAGGGAACAAUCAAGGGAGGCUAUUUUAUCUUCUUUUUUCCUUUCAUUCUUUCAGUAGUCAAAAGGAUAUCCACACCAAUAUUUCAGCGAAGGAUUUUACUAUAAAAUAUCGUUCAUAUUGAAACGGCAAUAUGCAUCGUCCAGCAAUCCUUCCUGUGGUCCCUUAUUUUGUUGUGUCAGUAUAAUCCCAUUUAUGUGUUUUGUGCAUGAGGAAAGUGACAUAGUCACCUCCUCUAUAUAGUGAUGCUUUGUUCGGUCAGUUUAUUGGGAAGAAAAAAAUCAACUUUUUUCCAAUCAGUUUUCUGAUAGAGCAAUCAAAAUGUGCAAUGCAUUUUGUGUUAGAUAUUCAAUCUCUAAUUAUAGUUCUUAUGUGGAUUGUAUAUUGAUGAAUGUAUUACAACAGUCAGGGCUAGUAUUAUGGCAUAUUGAAUAGAUAUAUUAUUUUUUACAUCCAUGCACACAAAUAUUUCUAAAAUCAAAACCAUUCACUUAUUGUCGACUCAAAACAUGUUUCAUGUGCUUUUGUGAAACCAACAUUGUCAUGUUUAUUAAUACUGAGCAUACAUACAUUUUUCAUUGUGUUAUCCACACUUAUAUAUUGUUGUUUCCUCAUAACAUCCUCUCUACGUACCAGUCCACCAGUUUCUCUAACUACAUAGGUGGACUCUA